AUGACCUUUGUAGAAACUGUCAUGAAUAUGGUCAUUAUAAGAAACAAUGCAAGAAACCCAAUGCGAGGCCUAUGUAAAGCCAAUGAAGAACUUGAAGCUACUGUUGCCAUUCCUGAGUGUAGCUCCAAUGAUGAUUUGUUAGUAUGCAAUUUAGAAUCGCAUACGAGAGAAGAUCCUUUAUUAACAUGCAAUUUAGAAUCGCAUGAGAAGGAAGAUCCACGUGUUACCACCACUAAAAUUAAUCCACCUGUUGAGGACGUCUGUAUUGUGAACAUUGGAACGAAGUCAAGGACUUUAGAAGCAUUGAUUGAUACUGGUUCACCAACGCAUUUUAUUAGAAGUGAUGUUGUUACUAAGUUAGACUUAAAGACAAGUCAAGUACCCUUUAGAAGAGUAAAAGGACUUGUAUCAGACGCCAUUACAACGUGUAAUACAGCAUGUAGAUUAGAUUUUAGAUUAGAGAAUAGAGAGUUCGAUAUUUGUGCAUAUGUAACUGACAUAAUAAAAAAUGAUGUUCUUAUUGGUUAUCCUUUUGUCAAAAGACACCCUUCCUUGAUGGAAUCGAUACAUAAGAAUAUAGACAAUGUUAAAUUUAAUAAUAGGCCAGUGAGUGAUCCUGGUAGGAUGAAUUAUGAAGACGUUACAUAUGGCAAAGACCCAAUAGAUGACAUUUGUAAUAUUGAAACUGAUGAGAACUGGAUUGACAUACAAAGAGAUGCGUCAGAUGUCAUUAUUGUGGAAGUAACCGAGGUUACGAAUAAAGAUGAAAGUAAGUUCGAUACAAUACCUGAAGAAUUGCAAGUGAAAUAUAGAGGUAUUGUUAGAAAUGAUCUACCUCCACGUCAAAGAGAUCAUAAACAUGUUAGUCAUAGUAUAGAACUGAAAGAAGGAAGUAGACUUCCUAGAAGAUCACCAUAUAGGUUAACACCUAAGAAACAGAAAGAAGUAGAUGAGAUUAUCAAAGACUUAUUAGAUAAGGGUUUUAUAGUACCUUCUAAAUCUAGUUACAGUUCUCCAAUUGUUCUUGUAACAAAACAUGAUGGUUCGUAUCGUUUAUGUGUGGAUUAUCGAGAGUUGAAUAAAGUUACGGUUAAAGACCCAUUUCCACUACCUCACGUAGAUGAACUGCUAGGUAAGGUAGGAAGUGCCAGUGUUUUCACUACAUUGGAUUUGCACUCCGGUUAUCAUCAAAUCCCGAUGAACCCUACAGAUAUGGAUAAGACUGCUUUUGUUACGCCUACAGGUAAAUAUGAAUAUACAGUGAUGCCGUUUGGUUUGGUAAACGCUCCUAGUACUUUUGCUAGAUAUAUGGCAGAUCUGUUUAGAGAUUUAGAAUUUGUUAAUGUCUACUUAGAUGAUAUAUUGAUAUUUUCGAAUGAUUUAGAAUCACAUUGGAAACACAUCGACGUGGUGCUAUCCAGGUUAGACCAAGAGAAGUUGAUAGCGAAAAAGAAGAAAUGUCAUUUUGCUCAAAGUGAAGUUCAAUUUUUGGGGUAUAUUAUUGGUAGAAAUAAGAUUAAGCCAGUACAAGAGAAAUGUGAAGCAAUUAAUCGGUUCCCUGUUCCAAAGACGAUUAAAGAAGCGCAAAGGUUCGUAGGAAUGAUAAAUUAUUAUCGGAAAUUUAUUAAAGAUUGUUCGAGGAAGGUUAGACCUCUCGUUGAUUUCAUUUCUAGAAAUGUUCCGUGGGGAGAUCUGCAAGAUGAUGCUUUUGCCACGUUGAAACGCGAUUUAAUGUCUGAACCGUUGCUAGUCCCAUUUAAGAGAGAUGCUGAAUAUAGGUUAACGACUGAUGCGUCUAUGGAUGGACUUGGUGCUGUCCUAGAAGAAGUUGCGGAUAAUAAAGUUCUCGGAGUUGUUAGUUAUUAUUCGAAGUCGUUAAAUGAAACGCAAAGAAGAUACCCACCGGGAGAGCUAGAAUUGAUGGCUAUAAUUGAAGGUUUAGAACAUUUCAAAUAUAUGCUACAUGGUAAGCAUUUUGUGCUUAGAACGGACCAUAUUAGUUUAUUGUCAAUCCAGAAUCAAAAAGAACCAGCGAGAAGAGUUCAACGUUGGUUAGAUACUUUAUCAGAAUUCGAUUUUUCACUUGCGUACCUGCCCGGCCCGAAAAAUGUUGUAGCUGAUGCUAUUUCCAGAGCAAAAUUAGAAAACAAAGAAGUUUCCAAUGAACCUGUUAAUGAUUACAAAGAGAUCUUAACAGUUGCCACAGCAGACACAUUACAUACCCUAGACCCAGAGUCCUGGACCACUGACUGGAGAACAGAUCCAUGGGGUGCAGCUGUGUUGAAGUCAUUAGAUGACAAGUUUGAUCAUGAGAUACCUACAGAACAAGUUAAUGAAUUUACACGAUAUCUAAAGAAAUUUGAAAGAACACCUGAAUAUUUGAAGCAUUUUAAAUGGACCAAUGAUGUAUUAUAUUACGAAGAUAGAAUAUGUGUUCCACAUAUUCGUAGACCUUUGGUUAUGGAGACGUACCAUGAUCAUAAAUGGUUUGGCGGUCAUUUUGGUGAACAUGACACCUUUAAAAAGAUUUCAGAAAUCUAUUUUUGGCCCAAUUGUUACAAAACUGUCCAAGAUUAUGUUAAAAGUUGUAUACAGUGUCAGGUAAUGAAAGCUCAUCGUCCGAGAUCACAAGGAUUGCAUAAACCUUUAUCUGUACCAUCUGGUCGUUGGCUUGAUAUUUCAAUGGACUUCCUCACUGGUAUACCAACUACUUUGGCGGGGUGGGAUAUGAUAAUGGUAGUCAUUGAUCGUUUUACUAAACGAGCCCACUUCGUUGCCUGUAAGAAAGUUAACGGUUCUACCGGCGUGUUCGAUGCUUUAUUCAGAUUUGUGUUUUCACUGCAUGGAUUCCCGAGAACAAUCGUGAGUGAUAGAGAUAUUAGAUUUACAUCAAAUGCUUAUAGAGAAUUGACAGAUAGGUUAGGUAUAAAACUGUUGAUGUCAACUAGUAAUCAUCCGCAGACAGAUGGUCAAACAGAAAGAGUGAAUAGAACCCUAAAUCAAUUAUUGAGAAUGUAUUGUUCAAAUGAUCAAUCCUGUUGGGAUAAGCUAUUACCACACGUUGAGUAUGUGUAUAAUAGUACAUACCAAAGAGUUUUGUGUAUGUCACCAUUUGAAGCAGAUUUAGGAUAUAAACCGAAUGAACCACGAAUGAAUAGAGAUUACAUUAUUAAUGCAAGACAUUUGACUUCGGCUGAAUAUGCAAGAGAUAUCGAUGCUUUGACUUUAAGAAUCAAAGAUCAAUUAGAAGAAAAUCAAUUACGUCAAGAAUAUGAUGCAAACAAGAACAGAACUCCAGUUAACUAUAAGAUAGGUGAUUAUGUUUUGUUACACCGUGAUGCAUAUUUUACAGGUGGCCAAUAUAGAAAGAUCCAAGCAAUCUACUUAGGUCCCUUUCAAGUAGUAGGUGUAGGUACAAAUUGCUGCGAAUUAGAUUUACCAUCAAUGAGAAAGUUACAUAGGAUGAUAAAUGUGACAUGGUUAAAACCUUAUGUGGAAAGAACGAAUAUGUAUCCAAAGUGGAAACCAAGAGCAAAGAUAGAAAGGUUACAACGAUUAGAAGAGAUUACAUCCAUUAUUGGGUAUAGUCUGAAUGACAAGAUAUAUUAUUGUAAGAUGAAAGAUGUGGACCCUAGAUUGACUGUGGAAUAUCCAGAAGAAGAAUUAAGGAACUUAUCAAAACCGAGAUUAGACUCAUUGUUAAGAAACUUCAACCAACUUGAGACCGAAGAGGAAAAACCUGUGGAAUGGGCUAGAGUCGGGUGCCUCAAGGUUUGGGGGAGGAGGAUGUAG